UCCUGUUGUUUAAGCAUCAAGAUUCAAGUUGAAAAAAAAAAAAACAAAUUUCGAAAUCUGUUCUUUUCCAUUUACUUACUGCUGUUCACAGAUUUAUAUCCUGUCUGAUUUUCGAUUAUUAAUCUUUAUUAUGUCAUUCUCAUUCAUAUAAGGUUAUUUGCUCAUUCAUAUAAGGUUAUUUGCUUGGUAUGAUUCUCUAUUAGCAUAUUCUUAAUAUCAUGUGUUAAACCCUAAAUUUUAAUGAAUCUUGAAAUUUAUUUAAAUUAAUUAGAUUAGUCUUGUUGAUUGAGAUUAUUAGCUGGAUAUGUGAUAUUGAGUUGUUGAAUUAUUAUUAGAAAUUAGGAGUUUGUGGCAAGUAAUGAUAGUGGAAAAUAAUGGAAUAAAUUGAUGCUCUUAGAUGAAAUACUAGAUACUUGUGAAAUUGAGGAUUGUAGACAGAAUACUUAUUCCUGUGUCUAUAGUAUGUAAAAUUGGACAACUUGGGAUAUAAUGGAAAGAUGACGAUUGUUGGAAUGAAUUCGUAGAAUCUUGAUGGUUUAUACGUAGUGGUGAAAAUUUGAGUAGCUUAGUGAUCUUGGAUGUGUAGUAGUCUUUUGAAUAUUUUGAUGGACUAAAAUGGUUAUAUUUGUUAAUUAGAUGUAUAAAGAAGAUAAUGAGUAUUGAGAAUCCUCUUGGAGAAUAUAAACAACCUUAUAUUCUUUUAAUUGCUUAGAAAUAACCUCAUGACAUGAGUUGUUGGAGUAUUAAGAAUAAAGUCUUAGUUAAGGUGCAGUGGCUAGGAGGAGAUGCAAUGAGUUAAAUAAACCUAGAUUGUAGUAUCGAACGCUUUAUUGUGAUGUUAUGUUUGUUAUGCUUAAGGAGAUGACGUCAUCGAGGAACCUUUCUAGUGAUCGCGGAGAAACGGACUUAGCUCCUUGAAGCAUCUUUGAUCGGAACCGACCGAGAAUAAUAGAUUUGCGGUGUUGAUUAGAGUGCCAAGGAUGUCAUAUGGAGCUGAGCAUGGGGGAAUUUUUUUGUUUUGUAUUAGGUUUUUGGAUAAAUGUAUAUUAGACUUGGUUGUGUUGGUUAUAUUGAACUUAAAGUGAUCUGUAUGUUUACCUUGUGUUUUGAUUAAACGUUCGGUUUGAGAAUUAGCUGAGUUAGUUACGUUAAAGAGCUAGUAACCCCCUUUGCGCAAGUUUUGGAAGUGUGAUUUAAAUUUCUUGGGGAAAUUAGCCCCGUGAUGACCCUGUUUACUUAGUCAACGGUAAGUCAAGUUGCUACAAUUGGUAUCAGAGCCAAAAACGUGAAUUGAGGACCUUUGGAUGGGUAAUAAGGAUAUUGGACAAGUGUGAGUUAGAGAAAAGACACCAGAUGUCAAGUUAGAGAUUGGAUAGACGUUAGUUAGUGGAGUAUCAUGAAGCGGACGUUUAUUUCAAUCAUCGUUUUACAGUGUUUCAUAUGCUUAUGUUUGCAUGUAUCUUUAUCGAGUUAUUUAUUGCUGUUAAAACGUAUGUUCUUUGUUUGUUUGUGCACGUAUAGCGAUGGCUGAAAAUUGUGCGCCUCGUCACGAGAGUCAUGAGGCUAGGGAAGAGUCUGAGAACUCCCAUGACUCUGAGCGUACGGUCACGUCACAUGAGGCAUCUCAUGCGCGAUCUAAUUCUACCGAGACCUCUUCACAUGUCGUUCUGGCUGCUAUCACAGUCAAACAGUUUGAGACUAUGCUGAAGAUGUUCUACACGCAGUAGCAACAAAACCUGCUUGUGCAACAGCAGUUGCUUCAGUCAUUUAACGCCGGUUCUUCAAAAGGUAGUUCUGGGCACGAUUUAGGGGCGUCACAAGUAGAGGGUAUUCAAAGGUUAGCCCCUAGGACGUAUGAUGGUAAGGGUCCUACUACUAGGCUAGAUGAUUGGAUUCGUGAGAUGGAGAAGAUAUUCGCAAUACUGAAGGCACCCGAGGAUAUGAGGGUAGAUCAAGCGGUCCAUUACUUGACCGGUGACGCCGAUACUUGGUGGGUCACCAAUAGAGAUGCUCUUCUACUAGCUUCUUCCACGGUUACAUCGGAGCAUCCUUCUACCUUACCUCCUUUUCCUUGGAGCUUGUUUGUGUCAGCGCUUCGCGACGAGUUCUUUCUUCUACAUCUUCAGCGGAAGAUGUUCGAUGAGUAUUCUCGCCUUACGCAAGGGACCCAGACCGUUCACCAGUACUACGUUCGAUUUAUGCAGUUACCUAAGUACGUGGAUGACAUGAAGAUUGGGGAGAGAUUCAGGGCUCAGAGGUUCCUAUCUGCGUUGAGUCUGGAUAUCCGGGAACGUAUGAGGAGCUUGGGGCACGAACAUGUUAGGGACGUAUAUCACGAUGCUUGUGAGGCUGAACACCUAUGAGAUGAACGAAGGGCCACUCAAGGGCUGAAGCGACGUAGAGAGGACACCCACGAGAUAUCACAAAGUGUUGGGGGUCGACGAUAUUCAGCACCUACACAAUCACAUCGAAAGCCAAGAUCUAGUUUUAGGAGACCAACAUUGAGCACUCCUCAGAGUAAUAGAACAUCGAGUGUUACCAUUGCGGGAAGAAGGGUCACAAGAGGGUCGAUUGCUACAAGUACUUACAUGAGCAAGGUUUGAGGGGUACACCGCAAGGUUUCAGCGCAGAAACCGAUCGGCAGUCAAGCUAGUGUGGCUCAAGAUAGACAGCAAGAUCGACCGCAAGCUAAGUCACCAAUUCUAUACAAUUAGGAUGUUUAUCUAACCAAACCCUGUGUCAAAAAUAACAAUGAAUUUAAAUUGCACUAUAAUUGUUUAUAGUAGGUAUUAAAAGUUUUAUCAAUCGACGUCAAACUAUACAAAUUAAAGUAGUUGUUUAUAGAGUUCUAAGUUUCGGUUUAAGGUAUAUUAAGUAUGGAUUUACGAUUUGUCAAGUAGAAAUUGAGGGAACCUCAAUUAGGGUUUAGGGAACCUCUAAUAGGGUUUUAGGAUAGGUUAAGUAGGAAUUUAGGGUAUAUCAAGUAGGGGUUUAGGUUAUAUUAAGUAGCGAUUUAUUGUGAAUCAAAUAGGGCUUAGUAUGUAAUGUAUGCGUAUGUCAAGUAGGGAUUUAGGGUACCUUAAGUAGGGUUUGAGGGUACCUUUAAUAGAGAUUUAGGUUGUAUUAAGUAGGAAAUAAAGGUAUUCUAAGUAGGUGUUUUAUAGUUUAAAAUUUAUGAGUGUACCUAUAGUUACAUAAUCCUUUCACUUGAUUCACUUAAGAUAUUAAACAUGAUAUGGUUUUCUCGAACUCUUUUCACAGUCACUAAAUGCUCCUCUUCACAUUCACUAAAUUUCCCUCAGAUAUCAAACAUGAUAUGAUUGUACCUAUAGUUGUUUUAAGGGUACCUCAGAUGUUUGCUUAAACAAACUAACUAUUCGAAGAUUAAAAGUUGGUUUUGUCCGUGAACAAUAAAACUCUAAGCCAAUGUCUAUUUUCUUCCAUAUCUCCACUGUGUUUUGAAAUAAUCUAAGAGAUUCUAUUUUUUAAAAAAAUUUUGUGAAUAUUUCUUAUAGUAACUUCUUUAAGAAACGGAGGGAGCAUCUUGUAAAAUUUACUUAAGCUUCUUGUUUUUUUGGCCUUGAAUCCCAAUGCACCAUUUGUCGAUUGACUUUAUUGUGAAGUUAAUAUAUGAACUAUGAAGAAGUCUUUGCUUAAUCCGGUACACCAUUAUGUCGUAUUACACAAACAAUCAAACCUUGUGUAAAAUUUUUUGUUCUCUUUCAUUUUAUAAGUUGUGACCAUGUUAUUGCAAUACCAUUCAAAUUCAUGCUCACUGUUGCAACUCAUUAAACACUUGUGGAAAGCAUUUUCGAAGUCCGCAUUUGACUUUAACGAUCCAAACAAUCGUAUUUUUUAACAAGUACCACAAGAAUAAUCUAUGCUUAGCAUCUAGAAAGACCUAUUAUAGUAGAAAUUUAUAUAUUAGUAAAUUUGCUUUUCAAACUAUACAAAGUAGGAAUUUUUAAAGAAAUACUCAACAAAGAUAUUCAAUCAUACAUCCUAUAUCGCUUUUGCUAUUGCAAGAUCUUGAUGGAUAAAGAUCGACAUUGGUGACUUAAAAUUCAUUACUUUCUUGAAAUUUUAUAAUAUCCAUUCAAAUGAUUAUACAUUCUCAACAACUAUAAAGGCACAAGCGAACAUAAUAGUACUCAGCUGAUUAUUGAUGCCUACAAUUGGUCCACAUAAGACAUUGUAUCAAUUUGUAUGAUACG